GUAUAUACAACCACAAUAAUAUUCCACGACCCUCCGAUACUCCUGUUAAGCAUCCAUGUAACCAACUACCGAAAGGUCACGGGUCUGUUCAUCAUCUACUGAAGAUGGAUCCAAUGGAUAAAUAUGGGACAUAUGAAAACAGUGGUCAACCAGAAGAGCUUUUUGAUCACUCACUACAUUGGAGUGAGGUUAAAGAGGAGGCUGAAGAAUGUCCGAUUUCAGCUGUGUCGUUAGGAGUUGAAACAUCCCAGGUUUGUCAAAAGGAGGACCCCGAUGAACAAGAUCCUUCCUUUGACACAGUUUCAGACAUGCAUAGAGUCACAGAGCAGGAGUGUGGACAUAAAGGCAUGACAUAUCUCAAAGUAAAGGUGCCGCCUUCUCCAGUCCCAGUCAAAGAGGACUCUGAAGAAUGCUCCCAUCUGCCAGUAGAUGAAGAGGAAGUUGCCUUAAUUACAGUGAAGAAAGAAGAGAAUGAAGACUGGUUGAAGUCAGAAGAUGAGGAUGUUGUGAAAGUGUCAGUGCCUUGGGAGCUGUUGGAAACAUCACCAUCAUCAUCAUGCUCAGAUACAGAGGACAGUGAGAUGGAAAGUGAUAAUGUGAAAGACUGUGAAAACCAUGAGAGUGACAUUUCACGAGGUUUAAUGAUUGAAGAUUGUAGCAGGAUUGAUCCAGGGAUGACGCCAGAUACAGAUGUGAAAGCUAAUGCUGUCGAUUUCAGUGAAUCUAAAGGGGGGUCCUCCUUCUACCCAUGCCCCCAUUGUACACUUGGUUUCACCAUAGAACGUUUUUUCCAUGGGCAUCUCAAGAGGGCCCACCCUGAAGAGUACAUCGCUCUGCUGAAGUCUGGGGAAAUAAUUGCAACAAAAAAAAAGUGUUCACAGCUGCCCCCAGCCACAUGCCCACAAUGUGGCAAGAGCUUCUCCAAUAAAUAUGUUAUGGAAAAGCAUCAGAGGAGUCACACAGGAGAGAAGCCAUAUCACUGUGCAGACUGUGGGAAGAGCUACGUCUUUGCUGAUUCACUCAAAAAACAUAAAAAAAGAUGUGGGAAAGGAUUCCGAAGACAAACCCAACUGACCAGCCAUGAAACGAUCCCCACAGGAGAGAGACCAUAUAAAUGCUCUCAGUGUGGAAAAGGAUACCGAACACCCGCCAGUCUAAAAGCACACCAGAAAACCCACCCAGGAGAAAAGCCUUAUCAGUGCUCUCAGUGUGACAAAUGUUUUGUCUUUUCCAGAGACCUUAAGAGACACAGAUGGACUCACACUAGUGAGAGACCAUAUAAAUGCUUUGAGUGUGGCAAAGGAUUCGUCGAACAAACCCAACUGACUAGCCAUGAGCUUAUCCACACAGGAGAGAGACCGUAUAAAUGCUCUCAGUGUGCAAAAGGAUACCGAAGACCAGCCCAUCUAAAAAGACAUAAAAUGACCCACACCUAAUGAUUGCCUCCGGGGUAAGAAGUCAUUCUACUGGCUGGAAGAUUUGAUAACUUGGAACCUUGAUAUGCCUGAAGAGUAUAUUAACUCUGGAACUUUGAUAUUCCUGUAGUAUAUAUGUUAUGUAAAGUUCAACAAUAUAUUGAAAAAUUUGCUACAUCGAAAUUAUAUAUAUUCAAUAUUUAUGUUUUAAAAUAUUUAUAAAUUAAAAGGUUUGCUGUGUCUGUCAGCGUAGUGUCCAGAACAUGGAGGCGCUACCAGGAGACAGGCCAGUACAUCAGGAGACGUGGAGGAGGCCGUAGGAGGGCAACAACCCAGCAGCAGGACCGCUACCUCCGCCUUUGUGCAAGGAGGAGCAGGAGGAGCACUGCCAGAGCCCUGCAAAAUGACCUCCAGCAGGACACAAAUGUGCAUGUGUCUGCUCAAACGGUCAGAAACAGACUCCAUGAGGGUGAUAUGAGGGCCCGAUGUCCACAGGUGGGGGUUGUGCUUACAGCCCAACACCGUGCAGGACGUUUGGCAUUUGCCAGAGAACACCAAGUUUGGCAAAUUCGCCACUGGCCACUGUGCUCUUCACAGAUGAAAGCAGGUUCACACUGAGCACGUGACAGACGUGACAAUCUGGAGACGCCAUGGAGAACGUUCUGCUGCCUGCAACAUCCUCCAGCAUGACCGGUUUGGCGGUGGGUCAGUCAUGGUGUGGGGUGGCAUUUCUUUGGGGGGCCGCACAGCCCUCCAUGUGCUCGCCCGAGGUAGCCUGACUGCCAUUAGGUACUGAGAUGAGAUCCUCAGACCCCUUGUGAGACCAUAUGCUGGUGCGGUUGGCCCUGGGUUCCUCCUAAUGCAAGACAAUGCUAGACCUCAUGUGGCUGGAGUGUGUCAGCAGUUCCUGCGACAGGAAGGCAUUGAUGCUAUGGACUGGCCCGCCCGUUCCCCAGACCUGAAUCCAAUUGAGCACAUCUGGGACAUCAUGUCUCGCUCCAUCCACCAACAGACUGUUGCACCACAGACUGUCCAGGACUACUGAGCCUCAUUUGGACUUGUUUUAAGGACAUUACAUCAAAGUUGGAUCAGCCUGUAGUGUGGUUUUCCACUUUAAUUUUGAGUGUGACUCCAAAUCCAGACCUCCAUGGGUUGAUACAUUUGAUUUCCAUUGAUCAUUUUUGUGUGAUUUUGUUGUCAGCACAUUCAACUAUGUAAAGAAAAAAGUAUUUAAUAAGAAUAUUUCAUUCAUUCAGAUCUAGGAUGUGUUAUUUUAGUGUUCCCUUUAUUUUUUUGAGCUGUGUAUAAUUGUACACAUAGGGUCUAAUAUAGACACCCACCAAAAAAAGAACGCAAAAAGUGUAAAAAAAGAAGGCAAUUUCUGUAGCCUCUGUGGCCAACGACCCAGGCGCACAUAAUAAUGCCAUGAAUAGCGGUAGCAUUAAUCUCACCAUUUGAAUCUCGCCAUCGCUCUUUUUGUACUGAACAAAAAUACAAAAGUUAAAUGUAAAGGGUUGGUCCCAUGUUUCAUGAGCUGAAAUAAAAGAUUCCAGAAAUCAUUCAUACGCGCAAAAAUUAUUUCUCUCAAUUUUUUUGCACACAUUUCUUUACAUCCCUAUUUGUAAGCAUUUCUCCUUUGCCAAAAAUAAUCCAUCCACCUGACAGGUGUGGCAUAUCAAGAAGCUGAUUAAACGGCAUGAUCAUUACACCGGUGCACCUUGUGCUGGGGACAAUAAAAGGCCACUCUAAAAUGUGCAGUUUUGUCACAAUACCAUAGAGGUCUCAAGUUUUGAGGGAGCGUGCAAUUGGCAUGCUGACUGUAGGAAUGUCCACCAGAGCUAUUGCCAAAGAAUUAGUUUGUUUCUUUACCAUAACUGCCUCCAACAUCGUUUUAGAGAAUUUGGCAGUACAUCCAAACAGCCUCACAACCGCAGACCACUCACAACUCAUUCUGAUUUGCUGGGCCUGGCUCCCCAGUGGGUAGACCUAUGCCCUCCCAGGCCCACCCAUGACUGUGCCCUUGCCCAGUCAUGUGAAAUCCAUAGAUUAGGGCCUAAUGAAUUUAUUUCAAUUGACUGAUUUCCUUCUAUGAACUGUAACUCAGUAAAAUCUUUGAAAUUGUUGUGUUUAUAUUUUUGUUCAGUAUAUAAUGAAAAGGUGACCAAAAACCAGAUUCCUAUUUUAAGGGACAGAUUUGUAUGGAAAGCCAAGUGGAAGGGAACAUUAUAUGUUGUCAUCCUCAUAAUAACCGUGUGUGGUUUAACCGCAACAGAAUAGUACCCUUCAACUGAAGCAGCGGGAAACUAACGAGUGUCCACAUCUCUCAUAAUCAUACCAUUACUAUACUUAUAAUGGUUUAGGACCAUCACGUGACGUCCUGACAACUGGUAAAACAGUCUUGCACCCACGUGCUAAUCUACGUUACUUUUGCCCGGGAGGCAGCCCAUUUCCAAAAUGAAUGCAAUCCCUUUUUACCCUGGGAAACUCCUCCCGCUUGGGCAACCUGUGUCAGAUAAUCAAAUCCAUUCAAUAUCUCAUGUGAAGUCUUCCAAAAAGACAUGUGCACAUGAAUUCACAUGUGAAAUUUCACUUGCACGUGACUUCACGUGAAAUUGUACAAAUGUUAAGUGUUCCAAAAGCACAUUUUCACACGUGAAAUGCGAUGUGUAGCUUCAUGGUAUCACAUGUUGAAAUGUUGCAUCUCCAUGUCACAUUUAUUUAACAUGAGAUCACGUUGUCACGUGUAGUUUCAUAUUAUCACAUUGCUUCACAUGUUGGACAUGUUAUCACAUUAACUUCACAUGUGAUCACACAAGAACUCACUUGUUCACAUGUGGAAUGCAUUAGUUUUUUCCAUAAUGGACACCACAAACAUUAAAUUGUUUAGUCCAGAUGUUGUUUAGUUUUCUAUUGUUUAGUUGAGAAGUGCCAAUUAAUGGAAUGUUAAAAUAAUAAAAUAAAAAUAUAGUUUUAUUAUUUUUAUUAUUUCUGCUGCACAAAAUGUUAAACAUGGCAAUGUUGUUCUCAUGUUCUCAAUAAAGGCUUUUAAUAUUUCA